AUGGAUUUCAGUUUCAUAUUUCCCGCUCUGUUCUUACAGCCAUUGGUGCGAGAGGUUCCCAUUGAAGCAGCUCCAGCUCACGGCAUCAGCUCACGGCAUCACUGCGUGGGCCGUUCGUUAGUGUGGGUGCAGAAACGAAGUGGGUCGGGCGACAUAGAAAAAGGGGAAAAACACCCGUCUUCCCGUACACUAUCUAGCUCAAAUCCCCCCACUUCAGACAUUCUUGAAACUGGUUUAGUAAAGUAUACAAAUUACAUGCACGGUUACUUUGAACCAGUGCCUGAAUGGUCACCAACUUUUAUGCCAUAUCAAGCUGGCUACCAAAUUCCAAGCAAUAUUCAGAAUGUUGGUUACCCAUUUCAAUAUGGGAUGAGACCUCCGAGGCCAAUUAUCAAUACAAGCUCCGCAACGAGUGCAAGAGUUGGUGACCGAGAUACACCCGAUUGUUUGGAAACUGAAGAGGUAGUUCCAUCAUCAGAUGGCGAUGAUAUCAUCGAGGAGCCCAAGUCGGAGAUGGAGUUUAAUUCGUUUGAUGAUUUGUUGAGCUAUUAUAAGCAUUAUGCUAAAAAGAACGGGUUUGGGGUGAUGACCCAAAGGAGCGAGAGGUCAGAAGAUCAAUCAGUCACAUAUGUCACCCUUGGGUGUGCACGGGGAGGAAAGGCUCAGAAUAAGAGUUUAAAUGUAGCCAACCCUUACCAACAGGAAAGACGGACUGUAAGAGAUGUGAGUGAGACCGUUAAAAGGGUCCUAGACACAAACGACGUAGCUGACAUCCGACUGAAUAAGAGUUAUGGAUCUCUUGUCGUAGGGGCAGAUGGGUUUGAGAACCUCCCAUUUUUGGAGAAUGAUUGUCGCAAUUACAUCCACAAAGCACGACAUCUACGACUUGGUGCAGGGGAUCCACGUAGUCGGGCAGCCUACCAAUAUUUUGGUGAUGUGGUGACAUUCGAUACCACAUACCUGACAAAUAGGUAUGGGAUGCCCUUUGCACCAUUUGUUAGUGUAAAUCACCACGGGCAGUCGAUUCUUUUGGGAGCUGGCCUGAUUUCUAGUGAGGACACAGAGACUUUUGCAUGGUUAUUCAGAACUUGGUUGCAGUGUAUGGACGGUAUAGCUCCAAAGGCCAUUAUUACUAAUCAAGAUCGAGUAAUGAAAAAUGCAAUUGCACUUGUCUUUCCGGAAACACGACACAGGUUUUGCCUAUGGCAUAUACUGAAAAAAGUCCCUGAGAAGCUUGGGUCAUAUGUUGCGUACAAAAGUGGGCUUAAAACUGGGUUAAUGAAAUGUGUGUACGAUACACAAUCUAGUGAGGACUUUGAAAAGUGUUGGGCCGAGUUUAUUAACACAUUUGAGUUACAUGAGAAUGCGUGGUUGAAUAGUUUAUAUGCAGAGCGUGAUCAUUGGACAAACUUGAAGGAGUUUGUCGACCAGUUUGACAGUGCACUUAAGAAGAAAAUUGAGAAUGAAAAUCAGGCAGAAUUCCAGUCUUUUAGUGUCACUAUCCCUUGCGUAUCUAGAUCUCCAAUAGAAAAGAAAUUUCAAGAGUUAUACACCAACGCGAAAUUCAAGGAAGUUCAGCAACAAGUAAUUGGUGUGCUUGAUCUGGAGACAUCUCUACUGACGUCAGAUGGUGUUUUGAAGAGUUAUUUGGUAGAAGAUGAAGUUCGUAUUCAGGAGUUCACAAAAAGCUUGACAUAUUCCGUGGAAUUUAAUGUGGAUGAUUGCAAUGCAAAAUGUUCAUCUGGGUUAUUUCAAAUGAGGGGGAUACUGUGUAGACAUAUUUUGGCGAUAUUCAAAUCAAACGGCAUAAAAUCAUUGCCAGACCGGUACAUUUUAGACCGGUGGAGGAAGGACAUUAAAAGGAGAUACACAGUAAUCCGAAGCAGCUACGACGAAGGGGAUUAG